UUAUUAUUAUUAGGGGAACUUGUUAAUGUCAAAUGUUUGCAAAAUAUUUGUUUUGUAAUGUGUAAAUAUUUACAUAUAUAAUCAAAUUGGUCUUUGUGUUUUGAAAGUUUUAUUGGGAAAAGUAGAAACUUGAAAAAUAAGAAGAAACAGAAACAUUGUGUGUGUGAAAGGUGAAGUGCUAAUCAAAGUGUUAUUAUGGUUAAGAUUGGUGUUAUACCUUUGUUAUGGCUGAGGAAAACUCUAGGCCUCCGCAAAAACAAUACGAUUAUUUGUUGAAGUUCCUUUUAGUAGGAGAUAGUGACGUAGGAAAACAGGAAAUACUAUCCGAAUUAGAUGAUGGUGCUGCAGAAUCACCCUUUUGUAGUGGUAGUGCCUAUAAAACGACUACAAUUUUGUUAGAUGGUAAAAGAGUUAAAUUGCAAUUGUGGGACACAUCUGGCCAGGGUCGUUUCUGCACGAUAAUUCGGUCUUAUUCGAGAGGGGCUCAAGGAGUUCUUCUUGUUUAUGAUAUAACUAACAGGUGGUCAUUUGAUGGUUUGGACAGGUGGUUAAAGGAGGUAGAUGAGCAUGCUCCGGGAGUUCCCAAAGUGCUUAUAGGAAACCGUCUACAUUUGGCCUUCAAAAGGAAAGUGGGCGAACGAGAUGCCCAAAUUUACGCACACAAACACAGCAUGGCUUUCUUUGAAGUCUCACCCCUGUGUAACUUUAAUAUUGUAGAAAGUUUUUGUGUGUUGUCGAGGAUGGCCUUGCAACGAAAUGGCAUGGAGAGAUUGUGGCGAUCAAACAGAGUGUUAAGCCUUCAAGAGUUAUGUUGUCGUGCAAUAGUGGCACGCACCACUGUCUACGGGAUCGAACAGUUGCCGUUACCGUCGUGCGUGAAAUCGCAUUUAAAAUCGUACGCGUUGACAACUUCUAGCAUGCAGUUGCGUUACACGCACAGUCAGAGGAAACACGCGGGCAGCAGGAAGAUGCGUUUCAUAAGUAUGCCCACCUCCCCCGGCAGUAACAAUCGCAGCUGCGUGCCCCGGAAUUCGUGCGCCAUAUCAUGAUAAAUAUGAUGUGUGUUGUUAAAACUGCCCCCUCCCUCUUUCAUUUUUUACCCUAUUUUCGUUGAGUUACGGAAACGUUGUCGCCCAUAAAUACUAACUAGUCGUAAAAAUAAUGAAAAAACAUUUUUGAGUGCGUCAGCAUGAGAGUGAAAACACGAGUAGAAGUAUAUAAAGUAUAGGGUGUUCCCUUCUGCUUUUUUUUUUGGCUCAAAUCAGUUUUGUAUGCCGUCUCUCUAAAUUAUUUUUUAUCAAAUGCCUACCUAUAUUAAAAAAAUCCCAUUUGAUAAAAUAAUUUUAGGAACAAAUCAGUUUCAGUAGUGAUAAUAAAGAACAAGACACCCUGUAUAUGAUGAGUGUUUGGGUUAUGUGUUUGUGUAAGUACGUCAGUGUAUCCGUUAGUUGUUGGUAUACAUAUAUAUAAUUGACAAAACGUGUGGAUCGCGCUUUUAUUUUACUUUUUUUUUGUAAAAAAUAUUUUGUAUUUACGUAGGGCGUCUUAAUUAACUUAACCGAUUAAGAAGAGAGUUAUCUUUUAGUUUUUGCUUCUUUUAAAAAACCAAAUACAAACAACGUUAUUAUGUGGCAGCAUAAAUCUAUUCAUUUAAUUAUGUGAGGAUCUUUAUCUAAAAGAGAAGUAUUUUAGGUGUUUUUAAAAAUAUUAUUCAAUCUUUUUUUAAAGCACACUACAAUGUUAUUUGUUUGUUUAAUUGCCAAGUUUCUAUAACUUAUUAUUUAAAUUUUUUGGUCCACCUUAGCUAGGUACAUACAUUAUUAAAAAAAAUAAUAAUAACAUAACUACCACCUAAAUAAGACUAAAACUUUAGUGGCCGUUAUCUGAAGAGGGCUUGAUGGCCUUAAUCUAGGAAUGGUUAGUGUGUUCACCGAUGGAGUCGUUUAUUCGACGUUUCGCCAACUGCUGUGGUUAGCAUCUUCAAGGUGAGAACAUAAAAUUCUCCGCCUCCUGAGGUUGCCAUUCGUAGUAGCUGGCGAAACGUCAUUCAAAUUAUUCCAUGGGUGGACUCACCAAAGGAGAACAAUAUCGAGUUCUCUUUGGACACCCAAAUAGUUUAGUUUAAAAAAAUACACACAUAAUGAAUACACUUCAUAAGUAAAUAUAAUUUUUAUAUUAAUAAAAACGCAUUAAUUCAUUAACAGUCUGAUAAAAUAGAAACUGAUAAAACUAUUUUUCUAAUUAUAUUUUGAGUACAUUUAAAAUUUAGACACACUCCAAGCACUACACCUUUGUCGUAUUCUUAUUUUAAAAAAUUUAAUAGGUCUUCAAGCAAUUAUUUUAUAAUAAAGUUGUAAAUAAUAAUAAGACUGUACCUAAUACAUAUGCUAAAAAAAUAGAAAAUGUAAAAUCAUCAAGUAUAUUGACAAUACUGAAGAAAAGAAAAUUAAUUUAAUAACGUUUCGAUAACAAUUUUAAAUUGACAAUAUUUUUUUUAUCAAUUAACAGGCAAUAAUUUGUCCUUACCUAAUGAAUUAAUUGGUUGUAUUAGCAGGUUCUCUCUAAAAAAUGUGUUAUUUUGUAUUGCUGUUGUAAAUUUUACUUUAUGUAUUUAUAAUAAGUAAAUAAUGAUGAUGUAGUAAUUUCGGUACUUUAUAAUAAUUGUGAUAAUGUUAAUAUUAUUGUGUAAAUUAUUUUUGAUAAAUACUGUUAUUGGUUUUCGUCCUACACUACUAAAAAUACUAGGAAUUUUGCACAUUUGCACCAUAUAAUGUAUUUUUUGUUAGUUUCUCAGCUUUUUGCCUAUUUAAUAAUAAUUUAAUUAACUCACACAAAUAAAAUGUUGAAAUAUACCGAAAUGGUUUCAAACAAUGCAUUAAGUACUAUUAUAUUUACUAACCGCCCCAUCACCUCAAGGGAGUAUUAAUAACGUGCACCUUAUUUUUAAGUCAGUUAUAACUGAUUUGAAAUCGAUAAAUUUCACCUGAGAAACUUAAUUUUAAAAUUUAAAGAACUAAUUAAAUAAAGAAAUGUGGAACCAAUUGUCUCAAAAUUACACAAAAUCACUACUUUUCACAUGAAAUUGUUUGAAAUAACUUGUAUAUUUGAAAUGUCUAUUUUUAUGGAUGUCCAAGUAGAGUUAAAAUAAAAUGUAACACACGCAAUAUGAUUAUAAAUAUAACGCUAAAAGUUC